AUGGGAUGCGGAUCUUUGGCAAAUCAACCAGAAUGUUCAAUUUCAGCAAAAAAUCGAUUUACACAGAAGGAUAUUCAAAUUUUGAGAGAAACAUGGACAAUCAUCAAAACUCAUUAUGAUAUGAAAAAACUAGGUGAUGAUAUAAUGAACAGAACUUUACAAAAGUUACCAUUAGUGGAAAGUUUCUGGAGAAAUAGUGUCAUUGUGGAAGGAAAUAAUCUUAAUUUUGGUGAAUACGAUUCGUGUCUGAAAACGGAUAUGAGUUGGAAAUUAGAGUUUCAAAAUCAUGGACUCAAGUUAUUAAGAAAGUUGGAUGAGGUAUUAUUACUGAUUAAUGAUGACACUCUAUUAAAAAAUACAAUUAAACAAAUAACAAAUAUUCAUUUGAAGAAUGAAGUCAAUGCUGAACAUUACACAGUAAGAUCGACUGUCUCAUAG